CAUAAAGUUUGAUGAGAAAAUAUAUAUUUAAAAGAAAAAAAAGGAAAAGGGUGGUUACAGCAGGUUACUAUUGUGCAUUGAAAAAACCGAGUCCAAAUACAGAAUAGAGAAAUAGAGUACGGGCAAGUUGAGGAUCCACUUGCAAGUUGCAACUGCAAUGCAACCCCCCUGUGCUUAGCGUAAGCAUCUCAUGACAUGCACUUCAAUUCCCUUUCUUAUGCAACCAAAUCAAAUUUCCUUUCAAAUAACAACCACCUUCUAACCUCCCCUCUUUCUAUCUACUCAUCAAUAAAAACCACUCCUCCAAUGCAAACACAAAACUAAUGCAACUUGCACUUCAAAAAUACUCUCUCUAAUUAAUUUCCCAUCCUUGCCGUCUCCAACACCCUCAUAUAUAUCCUAUCACCAUUCCAACACAAUCUGAAAAACAUUCACAACAAAAACAGACAUAGUAUAUACAUAUAUCAUUUACAUAUCAAAAUUAAACAUUUAAAAACCGGAAAAAAAAUAAAAGAGAAAAUGCCUUCUUCUCUUCAACUAGAUCGAUUCAACUUCACCGCAACCACAACCGCAACCGCAAUUAUUGCUAACGGUUUAAACUGUCCUAGGCAGCCGUUAGCGGCGGUUCCACUUCCGUUAUCCAGCGGCUCUGAUGUCGCCUUGCAUCACCACGCGCACCGGGUUGGUUCCAACCAGUGUUGUUCCGUGAUGACGCAGGCGAUAGAGGCGCCGGUGUCUACGGUGUGGGAGGUAGUACGGCGCUUCGACAACCCGCAGGGGUACAAGAACUUCGUGAAGAGCUGCCACGUCAUCGGAGGCGAGACUCCGAUGCGUGUGGGCACAGUGAGGGAGGUGCGCGUGGUGUCGGGGUUGCCGGCGGUAUCAAGCACGGAGAGGCUGGAGAUACUGGACGACGAGCGCCACGUCAUCAGUUUCAGUGUGGUGGGUGGGGACCACCGGUUGAGGAACUACCGGUCGGUGACAACGCUACACGCCGUGGAGGGCGGCAAGGGGACGGUGGUGGUGGAGUCGUAUGUGGUGGACGUGCCGCCGGGGAACACGAAGGAAGAGACUUGCGUGUUCGUCGACACCAUCGUUCGUUGCAACUUGCAUUCUCUCGCUCAGAUCACAGAGAAUCGUACUUCUGAAAAACAACGAUGAUGAUAUCAAACUUCUUUUUUUUUUUUAA